AUGAUACUUAUACCCCAGGAGAAGGAUCAACACUCAACCGUCCAGCCACCAACCCAGCACCAACAGCACCGAAAACCCAUCCGAAACCAAGCCUAUAUCGCCACCAAAGCACUUCCCUACAUCGGCAAGACUUCACACCGACUACAACGCAUCCUUCACUCUGCCAACAUCCUCGUCAGACACCAAUCCUCUCGCAAGCUACACUCCAUCCUGCACUCUCACAAGGACAAGCACCCAUCCAACAAGCAACCAGGCGUCUACAAGAUCCCCUGCGACUGUGGCAAAGUCUACAUUGGAGAAACCGGCCGAGACUUCGACACCAGACUCAAGGAACACAAGACCCACCACCGACGCAGCGACUGGGACCGAUCUGCCAUCGCCAAACACGCACAACAGGAAAAUCACAGCAUAGACUGGGACAAGAGCCACCUAAUCACCAACAUCCGGCACUGGAAUACCAGAAGGGUCAGGGAAGCCAUUGAGAUACAUCAACACAACACCGUGCCUCAAGACCCUGGCCUCCACAUCAACACCAUCUGGCGCCCAAUCCUACGUCACCACCCAACUUCCAACCCAGAAGGAAAAAACAGUUCCACUGGACCAGUUAGACCAGUAGAAUUUUAA